GCGCGUAUCAAGCUUUAGUGGGACAAUAUAUAGAAGCGUCAUGAUAUAUACCCGUCCGCCCACCUAUCUCUCCUUCCCCACUACAUCAGUACUCCUCACCCACAAAUAUGCCACCCAAGCGCAAAUCCAACGUCCUCGAGCCCAGCGUUGACCUUACCGCAGACGAGUCUCAGCAAGAGGCCGCCACCCAAGCGCGGCCUGCAAUGAAGAAAGCGCGUACUUCUGAUGUUGCUGAAAGCUCGUCGACUGGCGCGAAGAAGGGUAAAGGCAAGGCCAAAGUUGAAGACAAUGCGCCUAACAACUGGUGGGAGGUGAAGCUGCCAGGAGAAGACGAGAGAGGCGUGCUUGUCUUUGACGACUGCAAUGAAAUUCGAUGCAAGAUCCGUCUCUUGCAGAAGGAGCCCGGCUUCAAGGUUACACACUGGCUCCAGGCGAUUGGUAACAUCAACAACAACUCCUAUCAGCGUUUCAUGAAAGCGACUGGUCCCACCGGCGGUGCAUCGAAUGGCACGUACUAUUCCGCAUAUGUCUACUUUGAGAAGGUACGCAUCGCGACGGGCAAGAAGAAGACUGCCAAGCGCACCCGCAAUGAAGCUGAAUACAAGGCUGGCAUGCCCUUGGAGGAUCGCAAAACUGUCUGGAUCAUGGGACGGUAAAAUACUCGGUUGUCUUGCCACCGCUGUGUUUUGCUCUCUCUCGAAGUCUCGCCUGCUUCAAACUGCUUCGUUUGACUGAAGAGCUUGACUGCUAUUGUGGCUCUGGCCGGUAUCUUAAACCCUAUGCUACAUUUUGGAAGCAUACUGUAAAUUCUAUACUUUACUCUGUACAUACAUGGAUUCAGUGUCAAUGAAUAUCAAUCUCACAUC